AUAACGGGCUUAUAACGCGAAUUAACGUUAGGCCCAGCUCCGGUAUAUAAAGCAGGCCACCAUCCUCGCCGCGGCGGCACCGGACCGACCACCACAGGUAGCAACCGCUCCACCUCUCUGCCUUGAAAUUCAACAUUCUCUCACUCGCCGUCGCUCAGGGUUUGAACAUUGAUCAGAUGCUGAUUCUUUUAUGAUUGUCUGGCUGUUGUAAGGUGGACUUUCCAGUUUAUUUCUUCCACUCCCACCUUUUUGGGGACGGUAAGCAUCUCUCACAAGAAUGUCUGUGACGGCAGGUGUUAGUGAUACUGUUAUUGCCAUUAGAGAUAAACUUAGAGGUAAAAUUGGCCAAACAAAAGUUAAAAGGUACUGGCCUGGCAAAGCUCCAGAGUGGGCUGAUGAUGCUGAUGAAGAUGGAGAUAUUAGGAUGGCUAGGGCAGUUGCCCUGGAGAAAGUAUUCCCUAGUCAGGAAGAUUCAGACAUUGCUAGGAGAGAUGAUCCUAGGCUGCGCCGUCUAGCUGAGAGUAGGAUAGAUAAUCGUGAAGAAAUAAGGGCUGAUCACAGGCGCAUUCGACAAGCUGAGAUUGUUUCUACGAUAGAAGAGGAAAACAAAAGACAAGAACGAUUAGAUUUAGAGGAAGAGGAUGAAGAUGCCUUGGAGGAAAGGAGAAGGAGGCUUCGGGAGAAGUUGCUUCAGAGGCAGCAGGAAGAAGCUGCUCUUCUCCCCGAAGAAGAGGAGGAGGAAGUAGAGGAAGAGGAGGAAGAGGAAUCUGAAUAUGAGACCGACUCAGAAGAUGAAUUUACAGGUCCAGCACUGGUAAAGCCAGUCUUUGUUCCGAAGUCCGAAAGAGACACCAUUGCUGAACGUGAGAAGCUUGAGGCCGAAGAACAGGCCCUUGAGGAAUUAAUAAAGAAGAGAUUGGAAGAAAGGAAGGUGGAAACAAAGCAAAUAGUGGUUGAGGAGAUUCGGAAGGAUCAAGAAAUUCAGAAGAAUUUGGACUUGGAGGCAAAUACUGCUGAUGUAGACACUGAUGACGAAGUAAAUGAGGCAGAGGAAUAUGAAGCUUGGAAGUCUAGAGAGAUCGCAAGGAUCAAGAGGGAUAGGGAGGACCGAGAGGCAUUGUUGAAGGAGAAGGAAGAGAUUGAGAAGGUGAGAAACAUGACUGAGGAAGAGAGGAGGGAGUGGGAGAGGAAGAAUCCAAAACCUGCAGCUCCAUCCAAGCAGAAGUGGAGAUUCAUGCAAAAAUACUAUCACAAAGGUGCUUUCUUCCAGUCACAAGCUGAUGACCAUGCUGGAACUGCUGGGUCAGAUGAUAUAUACAGACGUGAUUUCUCUUCUCCAACCGGAGAAGAUAGGAUGGACAAGACAAUAUUACCCAAAGUUAUGCAGGUCAAGCACUUUGGUCGCAGUGGGAGGACGAAAUGGACCCAUCUUGUCAACGAGGACACAACUGAUUGGAACAAUCCGUGGACAUACAAUGAUCCUCUUCGGGCCAAGUAUAAUGCAAAAAUGGCAGGAAUGAACGCACCUAUAGGAAAGCCCAAAGGCAGCAAGAAGCUGAAGGACUGGGAGUCUCGGUGAAGGUGAAAUGUCGUGUGCUGCCUAGCACGUGGAGAAGGCCAUCGCUCUCUGUUUCAUAAUUGGGAUUUUUGCUUCAUGCAAAGCUAGCUAGAACUUGUGUUCCUUGCUUGACCUUAUUCAAGGCAGUUGUCCUAGGUUGCCAACUUACCCUAAGAAGAUGAGAGAACUAGUGAAUAUUGGCAUAAUGUUUCAGCUUUCAUAUAUGGUGGUCAAGCAACAAUGGGGAUGUAGUGGUAGAGCCUCGUUCAGGUCAUUUAAGAAUGGGAAUUUUUAUGUUUCUUGCAAUGGUGUGACCACUAAUGCAAUAGUUAGUCACAUUGGAGAUGCAUUAUUUGCUAUUCUGGUUGAUAUAUCAAAUAAAUGGCUUUUGUCUUUA